AUGUCUUAUUUUUCUGAAACUAUUCCUGAGAACUGGGAUUUCUUUGAUUGUAUUAAAAGAAAAAUGAACGAGAAGUCGUUUGCCAGUUAUCAGCAUCUGUUUGAUUCUAUUCGAAGCGAUUUAGAUCGUUUUGACAAUGAGAUAGCUGUUUUGUGGAGGGAAAACAGGAAGAGCCUUAUUCUUGAUUUCUUUUUGAAAUCCAACAUCACGCCUUUUGAAACUAUCCAGAACAAACCAAUUCUAACAUUGGUUCAAUUGAGCUCACAUAAAAAAGAAAGCGCAGUAGUAGCUGCUCUAAACCGUUUAGUGAGCUCGAAUAAAAAUAUGGCAGCAAAAAUUCUGUAUGAUUUACUAAACAGUUACAGUGAUUCUGAAUCAAUUGAUUCUAAGGAUGAAUCAAUUUUUAUCAAAAGAGCUUUAAGCCCUUUUUUAAAUGCAAUUUUUCCUGUCGGUAGUGAUUUGAAGAAGGACAGAUAA